AUGAACCGGACUCGUCAUACAUCUUUUCGAGACUACCUUCCCGGACCUGAUCACCCAAGACAGAAACUUCUUCUCAAUAAACCUGACUGUGAUGCUCACGAAUGGGGAGAGAUUUUCAAGACCGAUGACUUCGUUGGGAACUGGAUCAAGUCAUGGGCAUUACUGCUCGACCAACCUUUUAAAGGCAUCACAAUUGAUAACAAUCUCGUCCCUCGCCUGUAUCCACUAGCAAGUGAGAACCAAGAUCAUGGUGCUCCGACCCCCAACAUGGUGGAAGCCGCCGAAGGUGUACUCCAAAGUGCCACCGAAGCAGAAAGACAGGCCCUGACUUAUGCUCUGGUUGCUAACGAAUGGCGGACAUGGAUCAACCCAGAGAUCUAUGUGUUCAAAAACGGAAUUCGACUUGAAGAGUCUUCCGACGGCCUUUUCAGCGCGAUUCAUCGCUUGCUCGAAGCCAGCUUGAGUCCUGUGGGGUACAAGAAAGCAGUUAACUGCAUGAAAAUCAAUCGAUUCUUAGGAGGUCUGGUGAACGGCCAGGGCGUGAUGAACGAGAAGUCAUACAACUUUUCCUUGUUCGGAACGCCAUCGCUCACAGCACCCUGGGGUUGGAAUCUGUAUGGCCACCAUCUCUGUCUCAACUGUCUGGUCGCCGGAACCCAACUUGUAGUCUCCCCAGUAUUCAUGGGGGCGGAGCCCAACAUUAUUGAUGAAGGACCUGAAGCUGGCGUGGUGCUCUUUCGAGAGCAGGAAGAUCAAGCCCGUCAACUGAUGCAGUCCCUUGACUCUGAUUUGCAGUCCAAGGUUCAACUUUAUGACAAGUUGUUUGAUCCAUCCAUGCCUGAAGGGCGGUACCACCGAGCUGACCAGCGCACGUUAGGGGGAGCCUUCCAAGACAAUCGUGUGAUUCCUUAUGAAGGGCUCUUGGUGACUGAUUUGCCGGAUGGUCAGCAAAAAGUUUUGAAGCAGAUAAUCUACAGGACACUUGACUAUCUGCCAACUCGUGUAUUGGAUUUUCGCAUGAGUGAGAUAGUUUCACAUUGGGAUGAGACGCACAUUGCGUGGAUCGGCAAAUUCCAGGACGAUGAUGCAUUUUACUACAAAAUACACUCACCUGUUCUACUGAUUGAGUUCGAUCAUCACUCUGGUGUGUUUUUGACAAACAAAGAGCCUUUGCCUUUCCACAUACACACCAUUGUCAGAACCCCGAACGGAAACGACUACGGCAAGGAACUUGUCAAGCAAUAUCUGGCAAGACAGCUAACCGAGAAACAUAAUGCGAUGCCUUAA